GCGCGAGCUCGAUGCCCCCUGCUUUCCCGGCUGACGGUGCGGUGUCUCCGCAUUUGUCCGUCCCGAGAGCGCAGGAGAAGCAGCACACUGAAUCUGGACCGGACCAACAGGAACAGUUUCCUUAUUCAGCUUCAUCUUCCAGACCUCUCUAAAUAAAGCUCCUGGAGCGGGUGCGCAAGUGUAGUCAAAUCAGAGGCACGGACUAAAGGCAAUUGCGCACCAGACCGGCAGCGUAGGCGGUUGGUUUUUUUCUUUUUUCUUUUCUUUCUUUCUUUCUUUCCUCCCCACAGUGCGUCUGAAGAAAGACAACUUGAAAGAGAGCGUGGACAUCUUCAGAAUUCCGGAGAAGACCUGACACUGCGCGUGUGCAUUGUGUCUCAUUGUGUGCUUGUUGGAUCAGAAGUGCGGGAUGGAUGUGCGCCGAGCGCUCGUGCUGUGCGUCCUGCUCGGAGCGGUGAGCGCAGAGAGCGCGAGCGCGAAAUCCAGAAGCUGCGCGGCUUUCCGGCAGUUCUACACGUCCAAGGGCUUCAGCCUGAGCGGCGUCCCGCAGGCGCAGAUCUCCGGUGAGCACUUGCGAGUGUGUCCACAAGGCUACACCUGCUGUACGAGCCAGGUCGAGGAGAAUCUGUCCAACCUGAGCAGGAAAGAAUUUGAGGACCAGGUGAAAGAAUCUGGGCACAAUUUACAGGUCUCCCUCAACAGCCAUUACAAAAGUUUUGAUGGUUAUUUCCAGGAUCUGCUGAACCGUUCUGAAGCUUCUCUCCAUAACUCAUUGCAGUCCAUCUUUGGCACACUCUUCUCCCAGAAUGCCCAGGUAUUCCAGGAUUUGUAUUCAGAUCUGCGGCACUAUUACCGUGGCUCCAAAAUGAACCUGGCAGAGGCACUGAAUGACUUCUGGGCACGGCUGCUGGAGAGGUUGGUGCGAGGACUGAACGGACGCUACAGCAUGAGCGAAGAUUAUCUGGAUUGUGUGGCAAAGCAGGCAGAGACACUGCGUCCCUUCGGAGAAACAAUACGAGAGUUCAAGCUCAAGGUCACACGCACCUUUGUGGCUGCCAGAUCCUUUGUUCAGGGGCUUGUUGUUGCUGGGGAGGUGGUGCGAAAAGUUUCUCAGGUUCCUCUGAGUGUGGAGUGUGUACGUGCUCUGAUGAAGCAGACAUACUGUCCUCACUGUAGAGAAAUGGCCUGGGCUAAACCGUGCACCCCGUACUGCAGAAACGUGAUGAAGGGCUGUCUCGCCAAUCAGGCAGACCUGGACACUGAGUGGAAGAACCUUGCAGAUUCUAUGCUACUGGUGGCUGAUCGGCUGAGCAGACCCAACAGUGUGGACACAAUCAUUUUGUCUCUCCCUAAGCGCAUUGCUGAUGCCAUCAUGUACAUGCAGGACAACCUGUACACUUUCAACAGCAAGGUCUUUCAGGCAUGUGGUACACCUCCAGAGAACCCCAGCCCUGAGGAACCAAAAAAGACAGGCAAAAUCUUUACAGAGGACAUCAGCAGCACUUCAGCAGAAAGUGCGGAAAAACUGUUAUCAGAUGCAUCCCGCAAGAUAAGGAGCAUGAUGCAAUACUGGGUUCAGCUGCCCAAUAAACUGUGUGUGGACCGAGAGGCAAAAAGCAGUGAUGAGAACAAGUGCUGGAAUGGAAUGGCCAUAGAUAGGUAUCUUCCAGAGGUGAUGGGAGAUGGACUGGCCAACCAGAUCAACAACCCUGAAGUGGAGAUUGACAUCACCAAACCAGACAUAAUUAUACGACAACAGAUCAUGCAGCUCAAAAUUAUGACAAGCCGAAUGAAGAAUGCCAUCAAUGGGAACGAUGUGGACUUCCAGGAUGCCAGUGAUGACAUCAGUGGCUCUGGAAGUGGAAUGUGUAAUGAUGAUCAGUGUUUCCACAACCAGCAAAUUAUGGUUCGCAGCACACGCAGACCGAGAGUCUAUCCCAACCCUCCUGUGAAGAUGAAUGAGGUGAAAGAUGACGGAAGACGGAUCCUCCCUUGCUCCGCCCUUUGCCUGCUCUCAUUGGCCACAGUGCUGCUUAGGCGAUAAUUGUUGUUUCAGCCAAUCAGGACUCAGUAUGGGAUGGGGAUGGACUGAGGAGGGGCGGGGGCAGUUAUGUUGCCAAAAGUAAUAUCAUAACAAGCAUAUGAAACUUACAAACAAUAGCAAAAUGUGGAAAUGAAAGGUCCUCUUUGUCAUUACACAGAAUAUUUGUUAAUUUCUGUUCUUUAUGUCUGUUUUUGAAUACCUGCACUCCUAGAAGUACUCUGGUGUGAGGGAAAUAUUGCGCAUUUAAGAACUUGCAAAUGAUUUUCUAGGUAUGGAUUUCACUAUAUAUUUGAAGUUCUUUGCCAUAAGCGCUGCGGAAAAUAUCAUAUUUGUUCGCAUUCAAAAAUUAGGAUUUUUGAUAAUUUAUUUAUUGCUAACGAAUCCCCAUUAUUAAUCACGAAGCCUUGUAAUCAUCAUAUAGGUUUCAUCACCUGUUUAUCAAAAACAGUAAGGAUAGUUUUAGACUUCCAUUGUAAUAAAAAUGGUUCUGCAAUUGGUUAUCUUGGGACCAUUUUCUCAUCGGCGACCAGCUCGUUUUUUUCCCCCCAUACACACUUUAUGCUUUUAAUAAUCAUUGUUUUUGUUUUUAUUUCCCCAGUUGCAGCUUUAAGGCUCAAGCUUGCACAAAACAUUGCUUAUAUGUACCAUAGUUAUAAAUAAAUCGCAAAAAUGUUAACACGCAUCAUUUCGGCAACGCAAAGAGCAAUAUUUUGGCUUUGAAGUUCACACACCAGCAGAAUCAAUAAAGACAAUAUUUUGGAGAAAUAUUUUGAGGCAAUUUAUCAGGUCACAGAAGCUGUACGCAAAUCUAUAUGAGAGUGUCUUGAUCAAAUCAAAUUUUCCCAUCAUCUCUGAGCUUUUUUUUUAAAAAUUAUUAUUUGUAUUUUUUUUUAAACAGAAAGCAUUUGUAAGGUGUUUUAAACACGGCACUAAAGUGUACUUCAGUAAGACAGCAAUGUGCAGGUUUCAGUAAUGAACUACAUGAUAGAUUCCCCUCCCAAAUCUCCUUGUACUUCUUCUUUAGAAAAUGUUGGCUUGCUUGUGACAGUGCUUAUGUGAUGCUCUCACUACGACGCUAAUGAUCAUGUAAGUCUACGAAUGGCAAAAAUAAUAAUAAUAAUAAUAAUAAUAAUAAUAAUAAUGUGUUUAGAAGGAGGUUGAGCAUUUUGGAUGGUGAAGUGUUUGUGGACAGGUAGAUAUUCGGAAGUGUGUGUGUAUGUGUGUGUGUCUUGCUGAUAGAUGUUCAGUAAAAUGUUUUAGGGAUUUGAACUGAUCAUCUGUUCCAAACAAACACAAAUACUGAUAUGAACAGGAGUGCACUAUUGGUUUUAUUUUUGUUGGUUUGUUUUUUUGCCAGAAAUAUUCACAGGGCAUCAGGUCAAGACUAGAGGUGUGCGCUGGGACUGGGAUGCCACAGGGCACAACAGCAACAACGGCAAAAAAUUCACGCAAGCAGGAAGUUUGAACUUUUAUGCCAGAGUGAGUGAGGAGUCAUAUGUGAAGCUUGUGGGACAAAUUAAGAGUGCAGGAUUGUGCAGUGCUGCACAAUAUCGGUACAACAUCCUUACCAAGAGUGCUGCAGUAGAUGUAGGCAACUACAAGAGAACCAAAUUUGUUAGAAAAUAUCGCAAACGGAUAUAAACAAAAAUAAUAACUGCACAAGCAGGUUUAAAUGGUCAUUCUAGUGAAGACUAAUUAUGAACUCAAGUUUGAGGUUGUAUCCUUGUGUUUGUGGACAUAGAUAUUUGGAAGUGUGUGUGCAAGUCUUUGGCUGCAUCGACAUGUGGAAUUGAGGGUCCUUGGAAAUGUGUGUGUGUGUGUGUGUGUGUGUACUUGUUAUAUAUUGAGGACCGGAAUACAUUUUUUUUGUUUUAACCAAAAGAAUUAGGACAUUUUUGGGAACUGAGGAUAUAUUGGGUGGUUUGGGUGUUAAGAUUUAGUUUUAGGGUUCAGGUUAAAAUUAGAUCUAGGUUACGGUAAGGGUUGAGGUUAGGGAUUUAGUUGUGAUGGUUAAGGUUAGAGUAUGAAGAUGGGAAUUCAUAAUGUCAGUGAGUGUCCCCACAAAGAUAGGAGUACAAAAGUGUGUGUGUGUGUGUGUGUGUGUGUGUGUGUGUGUGUGUGUGUGUGUGUGAGAUGGAGAGUAUAAAUCUGAAUGCUCAUCUUUCAGUGCCUGUCACAGAACACCCCUGUACUGGGAAUGAGUAAUAAUGGCGCAAGGUGAUGACAUCACUCCAGAACAUGCAUUGGGCUUGACUGCAUACUGCCGUUAAUGCAGCCUGUAGUGAUGAAAUACUCAGAACCAUCGCAUGCUGGGACAUCUUUUUUCUCCUCCACUAGUCAUUUCUUGUCCUAGCCAACACAUUCCAAAAUGACAGAAAGAAAAAUGAUUAAAGAAAAAAAAAAACAUAUACAAAAAAAUGUAAAUUUAUUUGCACAACUUUGUCACUCUCUUUAGCUCAUUUCAGUUCUGCAUUCCUUUCCUAACAGCUUUUUUUUUUAAAUACUGCACUUUUUGUGACAUACAUGUUCACUCUUAAGUAACGCAGCAGCCGCUGCAUGACUUGUGAUCGACGAUCUGUAGCAGAGCAUCAGUGAUAAAGCGGCUGAUCAAUUGGCCUUAAAUGUUGAAAAAGUGGAACAAACCCUAAGAAAAUUGGAUAGCAAAAGCAGGGUCUUAUCCAAAAGCAUUGUGGAUAAUAGGGUUGAAUAUAUAAGGAGAACAUGAUAAUAAUAAUUAGUUUGUUGGUUAUAAGGUAGCAUAUUUCAGUGCUACCUUAACCCUCAAUGAUACAUGACAUUUGAACCAGUAUACUACACACAUUCAGCCAGUAAACCACUAAAAUGAUCACACAACAUAUCUUUAAUUGGAACGAUCUUCUGGUAGAGUUCUUCAUCGUAUUAUCAACGUUGUUAUCAAAAAGGACUGAAGGAGACAGUAGCACACACUGGGACACAUGGCAGAACGGUGCCAUGGAUAUUGGGUACUGAAACAUGUAGACACUUUUUCACACACAAAAAAGCAGUAUUACAUAAUUGCAUGCCAUGUAUUAAGAAUAAUGAAGGGUUCAACUAAUUCUGAUCACUAGCCUAUGAAUGCCUGUUCCACCAACUUGGGCCCUAAAUAAUCACUUGUAUUGUUAAAUAUGGCUGAUAUUGGUGAAAUGAAAUUUAAACAAGAAAAAAAAUGCAAAUAUCUACAAGUUGUUCUGGUAUAUGCUUUAUUGUUUUACGUUUCCAUUUCUCUUUUUGUUUUCCAAUAAACACCAAUAGAGAGAUUGUGUUCAUGGAUGGAGUGUAAAAAAAAAAAAAAAACUAUUUGAUGCAAACAGUGUCAAUUUGCUGUUUUAUGUUUCUGGAAAAAAAAAUACCUGUAUUAUAUACAUCAUACAAUUUUGAAAAUGUCCGUGUCAAACUCAUUGUGUUACUUCCUUGAUAAACCACUGGGACUCAUCUUUUAGUUAAGUUAUGUGUCAAUCUUUUUUCAUAGGACAAACUAAACUAACAGUUCCCACCAGAUCGGAAAAAAAAGGCAAUGCUGACUUUCUUUGUAUUGACAUACGUAUGUUGAUAAAUGCCAGUUACCCAUAAAUUAGCAAGCACAUUCACAGCAUAGUUGGAGUUAGUGUUUAGUGACACCCACAAAACUCCAUGAAAGGCAAAGUUCACAAGACUGAAAAUGUCAAACUGGUGACUAAAUGCAAAAAUGCAUCUCCUAAAUGUGGAAUGCGCUAAAUUUUCUCGUAAUGCAGCUCAGCCAAUGCAGUGUGUCUGCAACAAUUGACACACACUAACAUUUCAUCUUUUUAUAGGCCCUAACUGAAUAAUUUAGACUUAUUUUUUGAAUUUGUUGGUUUGUUUUGGAUUGCUUUUUUCCAGUCCUUAAUAUGAAAUAAUUAAAUUUGUGUGUGCAUUUGAAAUAAAUAAUCUGUUUGAACUUGACAGUGUAAUCCAUGCAUAAGGUUUCAGUAACUCAAGCCAUUUAAACUAUUUGAAACCGAUCAAUCGAGGUUGACAGAGCCUUCUUGUUUGUAAAUUUGUUCAGGAGUUCGUGUACAACCCCAAUUCCAUACAUUUGGGACACUGUGUAAAAUGUAAAUAAAAAACAGAAUAUGAUGAGUUGCAAA